GAGCAAAUAAGGCUCAGCAGCGGCAGCACAGCAGUGCCAGUGGCGGCAGCAGCGUCAACGCAUCUGCGCGUCUCCGAACUGCCUUGUCUCGGGUCAAUCAAUCCCUCAGCCCCGUUACCGAUUGAGAUUUAACAGCGGCUUUGGAUCUUAACGAGCCAUCUCCAUCCUCGACCACAGCUCGGUGUCAGCCUCCGUUCGCUUGACUACCGGUUCCGUUUAUAUCUAGCCAGUUUCUUUAAUUUUUUAAUGGAAAAUGGCGAUGUUUGCUCAGUCCCCCGGUCUGUUGUGCCUCCUCUCCGUUCAAACUGUGCUGCUCCUCAGCCUCUCUUCACCGGGAACGGCGACGCUCCUCUUUCCUCAGCACUACACGAUGAUGCACUGGGCAGGUCGCAUAGAGAAGGAACUGGAGAAGGUGCUGCAGCUCGUCACCGGAGUUCAGCAAAUGAAAGGAAUUUACAUUGACAAGAGAAAUCAUUUUGGUGUGGAGCGUAAUACGCCCAAGCAGCUGGUAGAGAAGGUGGCAGGAGACAUCGCCAAACUGCUCAACAGGAAACGCAAAGCUCUGGAGAGAUUGGCUAGAGAAGCUGAAGACAUCCAACGAGAGCAUUCAUGGCAAGAUGCAAUCAAAGAAAAUGACAUCCAGUACUACGACUCCAAAGCCGACUCUGAUGCUCCUGAUGAUGAAGAUGGAGAAAACCUCUUGGAAAACCCGAACUCUCUUUCUUUGGAGUUUGUGGAUGAUCCCAACUUCAAGAACAAAGUCAACUACUCAUAUACAGCCGUACAGAUUCCUACUGACAUCUACAAAGGCUCUCCCACGAUCCUGAACGAGCUGAACUGGACUCAGUCUCUGGAGAGGGUCUUCAUUGAAAACAGCCGUGAGGAUCCUUCACUGCGCUGGCAGGUGUUCGGCAGCGCCACCGGAGUCACCAGAUACUACCCCGCCACAAAGUGGAGAGCGCCCAACAAGAUUGACCUGUAUGAUGUGAGGAGACGCCCGUGGUACAUUCAGGGAGCUUCUUCUCCCAAGGACAUGGUCAUCAUCGUGGACGUGAGCGGUAGUGUCAGUGGACUGACCCUGAAGCUGAUGAAAACUUCUGUCAUCGAGAUGCUGGACACACUUUCUGAUGACGACUACGUAAAUGUGGCUCGGUUCAAUGAGAAAGCCUACGCCGUGGUGCCCUGCUUCACCACGCUGGUCCAAGCCAACAUAAAAAACAAGAAGAUCUUCAAAGAGGCUGUUAUGAACAUGCAAGCCAAGGGGACGACAGACUACAAGACCGGCUUUCAGUUUGCCUUUGACCAGCUGUUAAACGAGACCAGCGCUCCGAGAGCAAACUGCAAUAAGAUGAUAAUGAUGUUCACCGACGGUGGCGAGGAUCGUGCUCAAGACAUCUUUGAGAAAUACAACUGGCCAAAUAAAACAGUGAGAGUUUUCACAUUCUCAGUGGGGCAGCACAACUAUGACGUCACUCCUCUGCAGUGGAUCGCUUGUGCCAACAAGGGUUACUACUUUGAGAUCCCUUCCAUUGGAGCCAUAAGAAUCAACACACAGGAGUAUUUGGAUGUUCUUGGACGGCCAAUGGUUCUGGCUGGUGAACGGGCUAAACAAGUGCAGUGGACCAAUGUUUACCAGGAUGCUCUGGGUUUGGGUCUCGUCAUUACCGGCACAAUGCCAGUCUUCAAUCUCACCACUGACGGAGACUCCAAAAAUCAGUUGAUUCUUGGUGUCAUGGGUGUAGACAUCGCCCUCAAUGAAAUUAAAGAACUCACACCAAGAUAUAAGCUUGGAGCCAAUGGUUACACGUUUGCCAUAGAUCCCAAUGGUUAUGUGCUGCUGCACCCCAACCUACAGCCUAAGAUCAUUAACUUCAGAGAGCCGGUCACAUUGGACUUCUUGGAUGCUGAACUUCCAGAUCGCAGCAAGGAGGAGAUCCGCCGUCAAAUGAUUGAUGGCAAAGCAGGACAGAGGAGAAUCAGGACACUGGUGAAGUCUGUGGAUGAGCGUUACAUUGAUGAGGUCCAGAGGACAUACAUAUGGAGUCCAGUGGAGGGUACUGAUUACAGUCUCGGUUUAGUUCUGCCGUCCUACAGCGAACACCACAUCAAGGCCAACCUGAGUGACCAGAUCCUCCAGGUCCAGUACGGAUCAGUCUUCAAGGAUUUUGAGUCUCUCCUGCCAAACACUUUUGAGUCAGAGGGACAUGUGUUCAUUGCCCCCAGGGAAUACUGCAAAGACCUGGAGCUGUCGAACAACAACACAGAGUUCCUCCUCAACUUCAUCGCUCUGAUGGAGAAGGUCACGCCGGACUCCAAACAAUGUGACAAUUUCUUGCUGCAUAAUCUGAUCUUGGACACAGGCAUCAUUAAAGAGCUGGUAGAUAAAGUUUGGAAGAACAAGGACCUCAACACGUAUGGCUUUAUGGCGGUCUUUGCAGCCACAGAUGGAGGCGUCACUCGAGUUUUCCCUAAUAAGGCCUCUGAGACCUGGGAGGAAGAUCCAGAGCCUUUUAUUGCUAGUUAUUACCGUCGCAGUCUGGACAACAAAGGCUACAUGUUCAGAGCCCCCUAUCGCACCGCCAAUGAUGAAUCCAUACUGAAUCCAGAGAACGACACCAUCGGCAUUCUGGUUAGCACUGCAGUGGACGUGACCAUAGGAAGCAGAAACCUGAAACCUGCAGUUCUGGGUGUGAAGCUUGAUCUUGAGGCAUGGACAGACAAAUUCAAGAUCCUGGCGAGCAACCACACCAACAGCAACCGGCAGAGCUCUCAAACAUGUGGACCCACCAGUGGCUGUGAAAUGGACUGUGAAGCCAACAGUGAUGACUUGCUUUGCUAUCUGAUAGAUGACGGCGGCUUCCUCGUCAUGUCCAAUCAGAAAGACUACUUGAAUAAGAUCGGGAUGUUCUUCGGCGAGGUCGACGCCACCCUCUUUUACGCCCUCUAUAACAACUCCUUCUACAGACGCAAGCAGUCUUACGACUAUCAGUCGGUGUGUGACCCGGUGCCCAGCAGCAACACAGGGGCCGCCCCGCGAGGAGUGUUUGUGCCUACUAUCGCCGACGUGUUAAAUGUUGCCUGGUGGACGUCAGCAGCUGCCUGGUCACUGCUGCAGCAGAUGCUCUAUGGGUUUGCCUAUCAGAACUGGUUCAUGACAGUUGAGGUGGAUGCUGAAGGCCUGGAGUCUAGACAGACCAGCUGUGUGACAGUACAGACACAGUUUUACUUCAGUAACAUCAGUAGCUCCUACAACAUACUGCAGGACUGUGACAACUGCUCCAGGUUAAUUCAUGCUAAGAGAAUAAACAACACUAACCUGCUGUUUGUGGUGGCUGAAAAACUGUCCUGCGACUCCUGUGAAAUAGAGAAACUGUCUCAGGUGGAGACAGAAUAUAAAGAAACAAAUACAUGCGAGACAAUAGCCACAGCUCGCUAUAGAAAAGGAACCACCACCUGUUUCGACUACAGUGUUUUAGAGAACACAUCAGACUGUGGGCGGGGUCACUCGUUCCGCCCCUCCGUACUCACUUUACUCCUCCUCCAGCUCCUCCUCCUGUGUGUUGUGGCCCGCCCCUCUGUUUAACUCCAUCCUGCAGUCCUCCUCUCCCUUCUUCUUGUCUCCUUAAUUUCUCCUUUGUCUCCCCGUUGCUCUAGUCAUAGGUAAUAUAAAGGGACUUCCUCCUGCCCUUAUAUGGAAGCCCAGUCGUACUGCUUCUUCCACUUAGCUUCACAGGUUGUUGCUUAGUGACCGUUGCAGAACUUUGUUGUCUCCUGCCAAUCAAGAGCAUUUGUGGGAGGAGCUUAAAGUGUCUUUACGAAAACAGGAAGCUAGCGAUGUGACGGCCUUCUUGGAUCAAUGAAGAAAUGGUGGAAAAUGACACGGACUGUUCCCUCCUGCCCUUGUGGCAGAAAAGGGGUCGGGUUUCGUUUGACUCCACCACUAAAGGGGAAAUGUCAUCAUCAUCAUCCUCAUCUUCAUCCUGUAAGCCAUGUCACGAGGCUACAGGACAUUCUGACACCGUCUAGCUUCCAGUAACAAGAAAAUAACCCAAUAAGAGCAGAACUUUAAGCGAUUCUCAAAAAAAUAUCAAUAACAACAUGUGAGUAUUAAAAACAUACCUCCAUAUAUUAGGGUAGUUAACGAGGAAGGAAGGAUGAUAGAUGAUAUUUAUUCAAUUAUCUUUUGUUAAUUUAUGCACUAUAUCUACUUCUUGCCAAAAUGAGACUUGUUGUGUGGUCUAAUUUUUCUAGCCAAAUUAGGAGGUAAGAAAACCACAGAAAAAGAAAGUAGAGAAAUUAAAGAGGUAUCACACCAUUGCUUCAUCAGUCACAAGGGCUUCAUAGAUGUAUUAUUUCUAUUUAUAUCACGACCCUGAUCCAAUUAGGUUAGGCUUUUAAUUUGUGUUAAUUAUCUUUAUCACAAGGUAAACUAUAUUGAUGCCUCAGUAAUAUAAUAUUUGCAGCUAAUAUGUAAUAGUUGCGUGUGUGCAUUUUUAAAGGACUAGUUCACCUAAAAAUUAAACAGUUUUGUGUAUUUUUCAUUCAUUUAUUUAUCCCAAACAUGCUGUUAGUUUUACACCAAAUGAGAAUUGUUUAAGAUCAGGAUAGAGUGACUAUGAUUUCCAGCUUAAAAAAAAAAUCCAUAAAAGACCCAAAAAAGCAGUCUGUAUUAGGUUUUCUAAAGUCAUAUGAUAGUUCAGUGUAAUGAAAACACCAAAACCUAUUGUACAGCCUUGGAAGACUUGGAAUAUCGCAUAUAAAUCACUUUUAUUUCUCCUCUUUGUUUUUUCUUUGUUUUUUGAGGGGUCAAUGUGUACUGUUAUUGAAUGGAACAUAUUUAGGUGAACUGUUCCUUUAAAUAAGAUGGGAUGUGAUAAUGAAGAGAUUUUUGAUGGAUUGAAAUGCAGUUUGAGUGUUUUUAGCGCUGAUAUCUGUUGCAGUCUCUGUAAUUCUGUCCUGUACAGUUUUUCACAAUCUCAGAAUGUCAAUCACAUAUUGCAUCUGAUCACAUCACAACACAUGCUGUUUGUUUGCACCAUUAUUUGCACUGAUGGACUUGUCUGUGAAUAGUAAUAGUAACCAUGAUCCUAAUCAAUAUGACCAUUCAUGUAGAAGAAUUAUUUUUAUUUUUCAUAUACACAUAAGGGCCAAAACAUAUCUACUGUAGAUAUGUAGGCUGGAUAAAAUGUUCAGUAAUGUGUUGAUGCAAUCCAAGCAUUUGAAUUUGAGUAUGUUUCAGGCCUCAGUAUCUGUCAUGACAUUAUAUCUUAUGUUGAAAUGUUAAUAAUGCGAUGAAACUUAAGCAGAAACCCUUGUUUUGGGCCCUGCAUCAACCUUCUUUUAGCUGUGCCUUGAUGAACUUUUAUAUUGGACAGCUUCGCUAUCAGUCAGUUCAGUGCAGUAAAAGUCUUUCAUGGGCCUUAAAACUCACAGGUUGUGUUCAACACAGAAUACUAUCACACUGCAUACUAUAUUCUUCAUAUUAUUAAAACAAAAUACUUUUUAAUAUUCUGUAAUGAACAUUUUUAUGCUUUGUUCUGGUCACACCAACACAAUAUUUACCAUGUUUAGCCUCGGCCAAAUUAAAAAAAAAGUUAUUUUACCAAAGUUUAUUUAAAAAAGUCUGGUUGAAAUAUCAAGUCAAGAGUGAAAUGGUUGAUUUUGCUUCCGGUCAUUCUCCAAAUUGGAAAUGGCAGUCAAGUUGAGUGCAUUGCAUUGUGGAAUACUGUAUUUCAUGUAAUGCAUAUUAUGAUAAAUGUAGUUCCUCAAGUAUUCUAUACAUCUAGAAAACCUGCAUACUAUGUGUAAUGAGCAUACAGUAUGGCUAGAAUGCUAUUCUGAACGCAGCCAGUGUCUCCAAACAUUGUCACCUUACUGAUAUAAGGGAAUUCUAUUCAUUUUUUACAUUUACAUUAUUAUUGAGGUGCAGUAUUUGCCAUAACCUUGAGCUUCAUCCCUGCAAUGUACACAGACUUGAUGAGCACCUUAUGCAUUUAUUUUGUCAGCAAACGGAGCUAAAUCUCAACCUCUGUGACUGAUUCUGAGCUGCACGUUUGGCAUUUUAGUCACCAUCACCUUCAGU